UUGAGCUCUCGCCUACAUCAAACAAAAGCCGCUCGCGCUCCCCUAUUUAGGGUUUCUCGUUCCUGUCGAUCUCUCCGCCGCGCGAGCUGCUGCGACUCCGACGCCGCCUCUCCACUCGGGCGAUCUCCCUGUAGCAAUGGCUUCCGAGAAGAAGCUGUCGAACCCGAUGAGAGAGAUCAAGGUCCAGAAGCUCGUACUCAACAUCUCCGUCGGCGAGAGCGGUGAUCGCCUCACCAGGGCCGCCAAGGUUUUGGAGCAGUUGAGUGGGCAGACACCUGUUUUCUCAAAGGCUAGGUACACUGUCCGGUCCUUUGGGAUCAGGCGUAAUGAGAAGAUUGCGUGCUAUGUCACAGUCAGAGGUGACAAGGCAAUGCAACUUCUGGAAAGUGGAUUGAAGGUGAAGGAAUAUGAGCUGCUGAGGAGAAACUUCAGUGAUACUGGCUGCUUUGGGUUUGGCAUACAAGAGCAUAUUGAUCUUGGAAUUAAGUACGAUCCAUCGACGGGUAUCUAUGGCAUGGAUUUCUAUGUUGUCCUAGAGCGUGCUGGAUAUCGAGUGAGCCGUCGCCGCCGAUGCAAGUCCCGUGUUGGCAUUCAGCACAGAGUGACCAAGGAGGAUUCAAUGAAGUGGUUCCAGGUGAAAUACGAGGGUGUCAUCCUUAACAAGGCUCAGGGAACCACAUCAUAGGUUCUGGUAUGACUGAACUUUGGAACUCCUUUUGCAGUCGGAUCAGCUCCCAUCAGUGUUUUUUUUCUUCAUCAGAGUAGUUCUUUAAGAAAACUGUUCUAUUUUUCCAAUUUUGAGACCCAGACAAUUUUGUGAUUCUAGUAGUAAAGAUUGUUAUUUUUCUGC